UAAUAAAAUCUUAUAAGUGACAUGGUGUCAUUUAAAUUUAAAUUGCACGUGAUUUCAUUGCAAGUACUGAAGAUGGCUACACUAUCGUCGUUCUGUACAAAGUGCAUAACCUAAUAUUUGUGAUUUGUCAAAUAAUGUAAUGAAGCAUAUAUGUGUUUUAAUCGUAAAUAAAUUUAUGUACGAAAUCGUGAUUUUUUUUGUAAUAAUAUAAAUUAAUAGAGGAAAUAAAUCUUAACGAAAAAUGCCGCAAAAACUUUCAAUGAAUCACAAACGCAGCAGCAACAGUAAAAAGAGUGUGCCGCAAACUUCUGUUCCUCCUAAAGCAGUAGAUGUGAACAGCGCAAGUGGUUUAACCCCAGAAGUGGAGGAUAAAUUUGAAUUGGAAUUAUGUUGGUGUAUACAGCAGUUAGAAACAUGUUUAACUAGCGGCAAAUUGCAUGGGAAGCAGGAGCAGGAUUUCAAGAAACAUUUACAUUUAUUAAAGAGCAACACUGUGCCAUUGAUAAAAAAAAGACAAGCAAUGAGAAAUACAUUGGGAGAUUAUAGAGAGAAGAUGGCAGAAGAUGAACGGAAGCUUAUUAGAACUGUGUCAACUGUCAAGUUUACAAGUCCUGCUUCAAUAAAUAAAAAAUCAAUGUUUAUCAGGAAAGCCAUUCAACACGAUGCACAGGAAUUCAGAGAACAGUUAAACGAUCAUGGAACACAAGAUGGAUUAGUUAAUACAAGGCAGGCUAUUAUGGACAGUAAUAAGAUGCAAACUUCAUUUCAAUUUAAUUUUUAGACACAUCAAUAAAAAAUGCAAUUUUUUACAUAUUAAUAUAAUGUAUUAUACUACUUGUACAAUGCUAUCCUAAUCCAUAUUUUGUUUAAACACUA